GACGUACAUGGCGAAGAUGGACGACGCCGUGCAUAAUCAGGCUGAGAGAGAGAGUGAGAGAAUGGUGAACACUUUCAAGAUUUACAAACCCUUGUUGCGAGCGACCAUGAAGCUCGCCGGCGUGAGACCUCAAAAGAUCGAGGUCGAACCGGGGACUGUCAUGAACAUCUGGGCUCCGACCCGAUCCAAGAAGAAUGCCAACAACGGUAAAAAACCUGCCGUCGUCUUCCUCCACGGCUUCGUGGGCGACGGCAUCCUGACGUGGCAGUUCCAAGUCCUCGCUCUUGCGAGGGACUAUGCAGUCUACGUGCCGGACCUCCUCUUCUUCGGUGGUUCCUCCACCGGCGAUGGCCGCCGGACUGUGGGAUUCCAGGCGGAGUGCCUGGCAAGGGGGCUGGCAAAGCUGGGAGUGCAGCAGUGCACAGUGGUCGGGUUCAGCUACGGCGCGAUGGUGGCGUUCAGGUUGGCCGAGUUGCAGCCUGAGCUGGUCGAGUCGGUGGUGGCGACGUCCUCUGGCCCGGUGGUGACAGAGUCGCUGAGCCGAGAGUGCUUAGAGAGGUUGGGGUUUCCGACAUGGUCGGAAGUUCUGUUGCCUGAUUCGGCGAGUGCACUGAAGAAGUUGCUAGAAAUUGGCAGCUUCCACUUCCCUAGACUCCCCAAAUGUGUUUUCAAGCACGCUUUAGAGGUCUUAUUUGACGGCAGAAAAGAGAGAGCCGAAUUGCUGGAGGCUUCGGUCAUUCCAGACAAGGAUUUCGCUUUCCCGCAGUACUCUCAGAAGGUGCAUCUGGUUUGGGGCGAGAAUGACAGGAUCUUCCCUGCUGAAGUAGCCAAAUCACUGAAAGAAAAUUUGGGAGAUAAUGCAACACUGGUAUGCAUUGAGAAAGCAGGCCAUAUUGUUGCUUUGGAGAGACCUUUCGUCUACAAUAAAUGUUUGAAGAAAAUUCUGGCCUCUAUUUACAAAGCUGGACACACAAAAUAGUUGGGUCGCAAAAAUUUCUCUGAUGACUACUAUGACAAUUAGCAGAAUAAUUUGUUAAAAAGAUUACAAAUAUCGUCAAUUUGUAUGGUUUGCACCUUGAUGAAUUUGUUUUAAGUUAGACACAUGCACUUGAUUAUCACAAUUAAUAACAAUUC